GGCACCACUUCAGCGUCCCUUUCUUGCCAGCUUUUGGUUCAAGGCAACGCCUCCUAACAAUCCACCACCAGCUACAUUCCACGACGCCAACGAUAACGACGACUCUUUUUCUCCAGUGCAAGAUAAUAAAACCACGCUUUUUAUUUCAACCUAAUACUCAACUUUAAUACACACACACAACAUGUGGAUUGUCAACUGGUUCUAUGAUGUGCUGUCCUCCUUGGGACUGCUCAACAAGCACGCAAAGCUGCUCUUCUUGGGUCUCGACAAUGCCGGAAAGACUACUCUGCUUCACAUGCUGAAGAACGACCGUGUCGCUAUCCUCCAGCCCACUCUUCACCCCACAUCUGAGGAGCUUGCCAUCGGCAACGUUCGAUUCACCACCUUCGAUCUCGGCGGUCACCAGCAGGCACGACGUAUCUGGCGCGACUACUUCCCCGAGGUCAACGGCGUUGUCUUCCUUGUCGACGCCAAGGACCACGAGCGAUUCGGUGAAGCCAAGGCCGAGCUCGACGCCCUCCUGUCCAUGGAGGAGCUCUCCAAGGUUCCCUUUGUCAUUCUCGGCAACAAGAUCGACCAUCCCGAUGCUAUCUCUGAGGACGAGAUGCGACACCAGCUCGGCCUUUACCAGACAACCGGCAAGGGCAAGGUCCCUCUCGAGGGUAUUCGACCUAUCGAGCUCUUCAUGUGCUCAGUGGUUAUGCGACAAGGCUACGGCGAAGGUAUACGCUGGUUGUCGCAGUACGUAUAAAGGAGUAGGGAAGAUGAGAUGAGAUUGGAAGAAGUGAGGCAGUGAGCUGGAGAGGUAUACCUAACGUCGAGUCCUUUUGGGGAGAGGUAGAGAGGACAAGUGAUUUCCAGUGUUUAUGAGACUCAGAAUUCUCCCUUAGGCGAACAUUGGUCCUGCAAUUCUACUACAUUUACUUGCUACAAAAUAUAACCGAGCCUCAUGUUGGGAAUGCUCCUGAAGAUGGAAAAAUCAGACCCCUGGUGUUUAUGUGCUAGGGUGCUUACAGGGGGCGGCUGGAAGCUCAUGAACGGCAUUAUUGUGCCUAGGCAUCGUCGGGACACAUAUCAUGAUGCAUGAUGCGGCUAGUUUAACCGUAGCUAAAAGAGAAGGUGGCAAGAAUUAGAGAGAGAUUAUGCGUAUUACAUAUCAUGAUUAGCGCUCGUGGGCUCAUU